AUGUCCUUGUUGCAGAAGAAGUACCUGAUCACGGGUGCCGCUGGCAUGGUUGGGUCCAACCUUGCAGCCCGCCUGCUACAAGACCCUGAGAACAUUGUCACCCUUACCGACAUCAUCGAGCCACCCAUCCCAGUAAGGGCACGAUAUCCCGAAAACGCACGGGCUUUGGCGGCCGACCUUAGCGACGGCGAUGCGUUGGUUAGAGUCGUGGCGAUGUCCGUACCGCUGACAGCCGUCUUCGUUUUCCAUGGCAUCAUGUCAGGCGCCUCAGAGGCCAAUCCAUCACUGGCAUAUCGGGUAAACUUCGACGCCACGCGGGCGCUGCUCCUGCACCUUGUCGAUGUCCAGCGCGGCGUACGCAUCAUCUUUGCUUCCUCGAAUGCCGUUUAUGGCCCGCCACUGCCUGCGAUCGUGAGCGAGGCUACUAUGCCUACACCGACAGGUGUUUACGGCACAUGCAAGUUUAUGGUUGAGCUGCUUAUUAAUGAUAUGCACCGCAGGGGCUGUAUCGACGCCUUCUCAGUACGCUUUCCAACAAUAUCUGUGCGCCCAGGAAAGCCGGCGCCCGCUGCCAGUGCGUUUCUCUCUAGCAUCAUUCGAGAACCUUUAAAUGGUCAACUCUCUGCCUUGCCGCUACGAGACCGCAGCUUCAAAGCCACACUCUGCAGCCCCCAUACGUGUAUAGAGAAUCUGAUCCGCGUAGCAUCGUGGAAGUCAGAUGUCUUGCCCCGACAUCAAAGAGCCAUAAAUUUUCCCGGUAUCAUCGCAAGUGUGCAGGAUCUUCUGGACGCGCUCGCAAAUGUGGCUGGGGAAGACAAGCUAGCUCUUGUUACCGACGAACCACACGAAGCAUACGAGGCGCUGCUUCGAAGUUGGGCCUGGAACCUGGAUUACUCAUUGCCACUGUCACUGGGACUGAAGAAGGAUGAAAGCGCGGAGGGCCUAGUGCGGGAGUAUGUCGAGUCCAUGGGAAGUUGA